AUGCGUCAGCAAAUAGAAGUUCCAGUUCCAACUCAACAGACACCAUUAGAGGGAGGGUGCAGCAGCAGGAGUUGAGGGUCCAAAGGCACCGGAUUUCUUCAGCUUCGAAAGUAAGUGAUAAUCAAUGUCUAGGCUUCCACUGGCAGGAGUUAGGACUUCCAAUUUCGAGCCUAGAGAGCUUCCAUCAAACAGCUACCUGAAUCUGGGCGGGCCUUAUGGAAAAUUUGUGCCUUUCAUAAUCGCGGGAGAAGGGGGCUUUGGGGAGCAUAAGCAGCUCAACUGGACAAACUUGUUUUUACUGAACAAGCUUGGCAGUGACAUAGACAGGGAUCAUCAAGAGGUGAUCGAUCAGAUAAAGGCAGAGAAAGAUGUUGAAAAGAUAAAAGAGUUGAUAGAGCGACUGCCUCGUGAAAUUGCUGAGCACUUGGAAGGCCAUGAGACCCAUGAACAGGUUGAAAUCCUGGCAGAUCUGAGCAGGAACAUGGAUCAGAAGAUGUCUUAUCUCAGCAGAGAGAUCCGGCAUCUAAGGAGUGACCUGGGACAGAUGAUGCAAGGUAUCGGAGAGAUACGCGAAGCAUUGGCUAGGAUGGAGCGCCAGAAUCCUUGCUUCCGUCCAUGAACAAAUGCAACAAGCCCUGGAGCAACUGCACCUGGCAGUUUCGUAUUUGCAUUUCGUACUUGUCUAUAUUGUGUUGUAAUGAAUAAAAUUAUGCGCUCUUUGCAGCGUAUAAUGUUGUACGAGUCUGAGUCGAUCGAGUUUUAUUAGCAACAUGUGCAUGUCUGUACUGUCUGCAGUUGGUUGUUCUUGUCAAGGGUUUGUAAUGAAUAAAAUUAAGUCUGAGUA